UGCCAAACAGUCCCCAAGGUCUUCCCUUCUCCGUGUUCGCUCCGCGGUUUGACCGGAGACCCAGACCGCUCGUAUCCUGCUCCACUAAAACUGUCGGCCGGUCUAACCAUAGUGUUGAAACAAGCCGCUAGAUAUCUCUCUCUCACUCACAGACACACACAAUGACACAAACUUGCAGUUGACAACUUGACACUGCUACCACACAGCUUACUCUUCAAAACCCUAGUCGUUCAAUUCAAGCCAUCCAAAAUUUAAAAAAAAAAAAAACUUGAACUGUAGGUGGUGCGAGAUUGGAAUGUUGAUUUGAAGGAAAAUGAGGCGGAGACCAUCGGAUUUUCGGCGGCCAGUGCGGCGGAGGUUCUCGAACGUGUUUUGGUUGACGCUUUGUGGACUGGCGGUUUUGUUGCUCAUUGUCCUAUUGAGCAGAGAGAGCCUGCCGGAAUCGGGAUCGGCGUUGAUCAAGAGAUCUUACAGGCAUGACAGAAUUAGGGAAGGUCUUAAUGUUACAGAAGAAAUGUUAAGCCCGGACUCAGUUGCAAGGCAACUCGGUGAACAAAUAUCUCUUGCGAAGGCAUUCGUUGUGAUUGCAAAGGAAAGCAACAACCUCCAAUUUGCUUGGGAAUUAAGCGCCCAGAUCCGUAACUCACAAAUCCUUCUUUCAAAUGCUGCACUGAGGCGUACUCCUUUGACAACCACAGAAGCAGAAACAGCAAUCCGUGACAUGGCACUUCUUCUUUUCCAAGCCCAGCAACUCCAUUAUGACAGCUCAACCAUGAUCAUGAGACUUAAAGCCAGAAUCCAGGGUCUUGAAGAACAGAUGAACUCUGUAAGCGAGAAGAGUUCAAAGUAUGGACAAAUAGCUGCUGAGGAAAUCCCCAAGAGUUUAUACUGCCUUGGUAUUAGCUUAACUACCGAAUGGUUCAGGAACUCAAAUAUACAGCAGGAACUUAAAGAGAAAAAGCAAAUAGCCGCGAAACUGAGCGAUAACAAUCUUUAUCAUUUCUGUGUCUUCUCUGACAACAUUCUUGCAACUUCGGUAGUGGUCAAUUCGACUUCUUUAAAUUCCAAAAACCCGGAUACGGUUGUCUUCCAUCUUGUGACUGAUGAAGUGAACUAUGCUGCAAUGAAGGCCUGGUUCUCCUUAAACAGUUUCAAUGGAGUAACUGUGGAUGUCCAAAAGUUUGAAGAUUUUACUUGGUUAAAUGCUUCUUAUGUUCCUGUUCUUAAGCAGCUCCAGGACUCAGACACUCAGAACUACUAUUUCUCUGGCAACAACGACAACGGAAAGACUCCAAUUAAAUUCCGAAACCCUAAAUAUCUAUCCAUGCUUAAUCACCUGAGAUUUUAUAUCCCAGAGGUGUUUCCUGCACUGAAGAAGGUGGUAUUUCUCGAUGAUGAUGUGGUAGUUCAGAAGGAUUUGUCAGCUUUAUUCUCUAAAGAUUUGAAUGGUAACGUUAACGGGGCGGUUGAAACUUGCAUGGAGACAUUUCAUAGAUACCACAAGUACUUGAAUUAUUCCCACCCUCUUAUUCGCGCACAUUUUGACCCAGAUGCGUGCGGAUGGGCUUUUGGGAUGAAUGUCUUCGACUUGGUUGAGUGGAGGAAGAGGAAUGUGACUGGGAUCUAUCACUACUGGCAGGAGAAAAACGUUGACCGCACUCUGUGGAAACUCGGUACGCUGCCACCUGGACUGUUGACUUUCUAUGGGUUAACCGAGCCCCUGGAUCCCAUGUGGCAUGUAUUGGGGUUGGGCUAUACAAAUGUUGAUCAACAAUUGAUAGAGAAGGGAGCAGUGCUUCACUAUAAUGGGAACUCAAAGCCAUGGUUGAAGAUCGGAAUGGAAAAGUAUAAGCCGCUUUGGGACAAAUACAUCGAUUAUGGUCAUCCUCUAUUGCAACAAUGCAAUGUUCAUUGACAUCGCACGGUAUUCUAUCUCGUCCUCAACCUAUUCCUAUCCGGUGCAGCAAAGGAGGGAAAUUUGUACUCGGGAUUUCUUGUAGAAUUUUCGGAGAUCAAGCAAGGUUAGUCCGUGGCUGUAACAGAGUUAAGAGCCUGUCAUAUCAUUCCUCAUGUCAUACAAAAAAGGAUCCACCACAAUCUCACAUUUGAUGAUCCAAUUUGUUCAUUCUGUACUAGUUCUUAGCAAUUCCUAUAUUAUGUUGAUUGGACAUCGUUAAUCAUGUAACUAACUAGCCUCUGGCGAUAUCUAAUUAGCAUGAUUUUUUGCACCUCGGACCAUUGAAUGCAUGGGACCUUGGUGGGUUCCAUCUCGUAUUACAUGUAAAUCCAUUACAUGUGAAGAUCUUGAUGUGAUGUAAUGUGGGUAUUUAAUUGGUAUUACAGUUGGCUGUUGUAGUCUAA